CACAAAUUCCAUUAGUUCCCGUUGUGAGUUAUUGUUGUGAACACGGAUUUUGUGUCCAUAAAAACUGAAGUGUAUAUAAAAAUUUAUUUUGAAAGGAAUACAUAAGGUGGGCUUUUAAGAUGGCUUUACAAUCGAUUGUAACUAUGGAGAAACCUUUGCCGCACAUCUCGCUGGCUGACUGGAAUGCACGAAUGGGACGUCUUCGAAGCGUGGCAGACACUCGAUUGGCAGAUGCAUUCGCCUUUCGGCAUUCAUCGCGGAUGCUUCGCAAUGAGAGCCGCAUUGAGACCGACUGGGCGAACUAUGACACAAAUGAGGCCCUAAAGGAUCGCAUUGAUCAGCUGAAUAGCUGGCGCGAUAUCAUUUCCAAGACGUUUGACCGCAUUGAAGUCGAGAUUAAAAUGCUGGAGGAGGAGAAAGCACUGACGGAGCGUGAGAUGGAUGCGUUGGUUGGGCCCAUUUCUGUCAUAAGCGAGGUGCUCACUACGCGGGACUGCCGUUGUCCUUCGGAGCUGACGUACGAUGAACCGGAUAAGGAGCUCAAGAACGAACUGAUGGUAUUGGAGAAUAAUCAGCGAUUGUUGGCAGAUCGAUGUAUUAAAGCUUAUGAAAAGCUGACUCGGCUGGAGGAAGUACGGUACAAGAUCGGCAUGGAGAUUGAAAAUAAAGUUGAGGCAGUGGAUUUGGACCUUAAGCAACUUGAGCUAGAUCGUUAUUCUCCUAACUUGUCUUACAAGCUAGAUGCCUUGAGUAAUCCCAAAAACGCUUGCUCAUAUGAAGCUUGGCUGAGUCAUGUGAAGAACAUGAAGCUAUUGGCAGAGAAUGAACUGGCUGAUACAUCUGCCAUACGUGAGGCGCUUUUCGUUUGUCGCGAGAGGGCUCGCAACUUGCUGCAAGCGCAGCAAGAUCGUGCAGAGCACAUCAUUCGAAAGCGCAUCUUCGAGACUCAGCGUGCUCGCAACGAGCUCCAAUGGCAGAAACUGAAGUCGAAGGAAGAAAUGGACAGGGCUGUAUGCGAAAUAAAGACGUUGGAGGAAGCAUUGAACGACAAGUUGGAAAUGCUUAAGUUGGCCGAAACGCGCCUGGACAAUCGUGCUCAACGCAGUGGCAUGGAGCUUUGCAUGGAUCAAGCACACGAUAUGCUCUGCCAAGAGGCGGAAAAAUUGCGUGAAAUACGCCGUCUGCUUAAACAGAAGAUUCAAGAUGCUAAGGUUAACUUCAAUUCAAUAUCAGAUCACGCGCAGCGUAUCGAUGUGAAUCUAGCAUGCAUAGAACAUGCGAUGAUGACUGACGUUCGUGCCCUGGACUUACGUACACGUCUCAAGGGCGGUGAGUACGGUAUUAAGAUAAUGAAUCCAAAUGAACAGAUGGAUCGCAAUAUUGUACUUACACACAUGGAGGACGAGAUACCCAAGUCUUAAGUGCUAUUUAUGAUAUGUAUUGCCGUAAUUCGUGUCCAAAUUCUUGUACUUAAA